CCACAUUUGACCUUCCUGGAGAGAGUGAUCCUGGAGCGUCCGACGUGAAGACUUUGAAUCAGAACGCUAAAGGAGACGUCCAGUGGCGUUUUGCGGAGGAUAUGGUUAUGCUUUGCUUAUCAGUGCGAUCACGUCUUUUCAAUCAUUAAGAAAAGACAAAAGGAAGCAAACACAUGCUUUUUGUGAGUGCCAAAUUACCAAUGUCUCAACGAUUCAGAUUAUUCUUGUUUUGAUUAUAGGGUUUUGUUAUACUGUUGACAUAUCCACCAACGGUUGCAAUUUAGUUUUGGUUAAUAUAAUAGGUAGAAGCUUCGAGAGAGAGUGACCAUAAAAGAGUGAGACGGCUGAGGAACAGAGAGAGAGACUGAGAUUGGUAGAGAGAUGAAACAGUGAGUCUGAUUGGGCGAAAAUGUACGGAUCCCAAGGCAUUCUUUCUACACCUUUUUCUGGGUCUUUAGCAAUCUUCUCAAGCAAAGACUCUGCAACGGGCUCAAGAAAUAACCGUUACCUUGCUGCACGACAGCCAAUUGGAAUUAUCCCUGGGUCUCAAAAUUUUCUUGGACGUGGCAAAUUAGUUUUCCCAACACAAUUCUUAAAAUGUGGGAGGGUAGAACGCAAUUCCACAACAUCGGCUGUUUUGACCAAUGACGACCCAACAAUGACAACCAUUGUAAACGAAGCUGAAAAUAUUGGUCUCUUGCGUGUAGAUCCAGGCUUGGAACAAUAUAAAGAACACUUCCAGUAUAGAGUGAAGAAAUAUGCAGAUCAGAAAAGGCUUAUUGAGAAAUAUGAGGGAAGCCUGGAGGAAUUUGCACAAGGUUAUUUGAAAUUUGGAUUUAAUAGAGAAGAAGGCGGCAUAGUUUACCGUGAGUGGGCUCCUGCUGCACAGGAAGCACAAGUUAUAGGGGACUUCAAUGGGUGGAAUGGUUCCAACCACAGGAUGGAAAAGAAUCAAUUUGGUGUUUGGAGUAUUAAAAUUCCUGAUUCUGGUGUGAAUCCAGCCAUUCCUCACAAUUCUAGAGUCAAGUUCCGGUUCAAGCAUGGUAAUGGAGUUUGGGUUGAUCGUAUCCCAGCUUGGAUAAAGUAUGCCACUGUGGACCCUACAAGGUUUGCGGCACCGUAUGAUGGUGUAUAUUGGGACCCACCACUUUCAGAAAGGUAUCAUUUUAAAUACCCUCGUCCUCCAAAACCCAAGGCCCCACGAAUAUACGAAGCCCAUGUUGGGAUGAGUAGCUCAGAACCCCGAAUAAAUUCAUACAGGGAGUUUGCAGAUAAUGUUUUGCCUCGUAUUCAGGCGAAUAACUAUAAUACAGUCCAGUUGAUGGCUGUGAUGGAACAUUCCUACUAUGCAUCAUUUGGGUAUCAUGUUACAAACUUUUUUGCAGUGAGCAGUAGAUCUGGAACACCUGAAGACCUUAAGUAUUUGAUUGAUAAAGCCCAUAGCUUGGGUUUGCGGGUCUUGAUGGAUGUUGUUCACAGCCAUGCAAGUAGCAAUGUUACCGAUGGCCUUAAUGGCUUUGAUGUUGGCCAAAGCUCGCAAGAGUCUUACUUCCACACUGGAGAGCGAGGCUACCACAAUUUAUGGGACAGCAAACUGUUUAACUAUGCUAAUUGGGAAGUUCUCCGUUUCCUUCUAUCCAACUUGAGGUGGUGGUUAGAAGAGUUCAAUUUUGAUGGGUUCCGAUUUGAUGGAGUAACUUCAAUGUUGUAUCAUCACCAUGGAAUCAACAUGGGAUUCACGGGGAAUUAUAAUGAGUAUUUCAGUGAGGCAACAGAUGUUGAUGCUGUGGUUUAUAUGAUGCUGGCCAAUUGUUUAAUUCAUAAUAUCUUUCCAGAUGCAACUGUCAUUGCCGAAGAUGUUUCUGGGAUGCCUGGACUUGGCCGGGCCGUCUCUGAGGGAGGAAUUGGAUUUGACUACCGUUUGGCGAUGGCCAUUCCUGACAAGUGGAUUGAUAACUUAAAGAAUAAGAAUGACGAAGAAUGGUCAAUGAAGGAAAUAUCACACAGUUUGACAAAUAGGAGAUACACCGAGAAGUGUGUCGCUUAUGCUGAGAGCCACGAUCAGGCCCUUGUGGGUGACAAGACUAUUGCAUUUUUUCUAAUGGAUAAAGAAAUGUAUUCUGGCAUGUCUAGUUUGGUGGAUGCUUCUCCUGCUAUUGAGCGAGGGAUUGCACUUCACAAGAUGAUUCAUUUUAUAACAAUGGUAUUAGGAGGAGACGGCUACCUUAAUUUCAUGGGAAAUGAGUUUGGCCAUCCCGAGUGGAUUGACUUCCCAAGAGAAGGCAAUGGUUGGAGUUAUGAAAAAUGCAGACGUCAAUGGGAUCUUGUGGAUACAGAUCACUUGCGAUACAAGUUCAUGAAUGCAUUUGACAGAGCUAUGAAUUCUCUCGAUGAUAGAUUUUCAUUCCUUGCAUCAACAAAACAGAUAGUGAGCAGCACAGAUGAAGAUGACAAGGUUAUUGUGUUUGAACGCGGAGACCUAGUUUUUGUAUUCAACUUCCAUCCAGAAAAGACAUAUGAUGGGUACAAGGUUGGGUGUGACUUGCCUGGGAAAUAUAGAGUUGCACUGGACAGUGAUGCUUGGGAGUUUGGUGGGCAUGGAAGAGUUGGGCACGAUUGGGACCAUUUCACAUGCCCUGAAGGAAUACCUGGAGUGCCUGAAACUAACUUCAACAACCGUCCCAAUUCCUUCAAAGUACUCUCACCGGCUAGAACAUGUGUGGUCUACUAUAGAGUUGACGAAAAUUUAGAAGAAAGCAAAAAUGUUUGCGAGUCAGCAAGUGCCAAUGAGACGGUUGUGGCAAGUAUGGUGGAUAGCAGUGAGAGAUCUGAAAAAUUAGCUCCUGAUGAAGAUAUCGAUGCUGGCCCAAGCAAAAUAGGAUGUGUAGAAGCGGAAGAGAUGGGAGAAGGAUCGUUGGAAGACUGACCAACAAUCUUUUGCCCUCGCAUGUUGAAUUGAAAUGGAGAUAUUGAUGCUGCCCCAAGAAAAAUAUGAAGUUUGGAAAUGGAAAAGAUGGGAGAAGGCGCGUUAAAGACUGACCAACAAUCGUUUGCCCGUGCAUAUCGAAUCGAAAUGCAGAUCUUUUUGUCUAUUCAUGUUGCUGUGAGUGAUAGUGGUUACAUGGUAUAUAGAAUUUUCUAUUUGUAAUAAGGGGAGAAAUAACCAGCCUUUGUGCUGGUUGUACAUAAUAACAAGUACUCCUACACUUUUUACUUGUUCAAUACUGAAUAUGCUGGAGGGUUUGAAUCU